CCCACAAGCUGCAGCCUCACUUCCCUUACCCACAAUCCCUAGCGCCGUCCUACCGCUCACAGCUAACAAGAAGGUCGCUCAUAGCAGCUCCACACUGAGACAGAGGACAAACACACUGACACCAUGCUGGGACAAGCCGUGAGAAGAUUCACUACGUCCGCUGUUCGUUCUUCACACUAUGCUGAAGGACCAGGGAAGAACCUGCCGUUUUCUGUGGACAAUAAGUGGCGUCUGCUUGGCAUGAUGGUGCUGUUCUUUGGCAGCGGCUUUGCAUUCCCCUUCAUUGUUGUCAGACAUCAGAUCCUGAAGAAGUAAAAUGGCCCAGUCCUGUGAUUCUGCCUUCAAGGUCGUCACCUGGAACAUAUUUAUCCAUCGAGAGUUCUGUCCCUGCAGAAGAAUGGGAAUCUCUUAUUUUUCUUUGUAAAUAAAGUUUCCUCAAAUAUGGA